AUGGAUAUCGAAAUUGAAUCAGCUGAUGUGGUACGUCUAAUAGAACAAUAUUUAAAAGAAAGUAAUUUACUACGAACAUUACGUACUGUACAGGAAGAAACAAGAGUAUCAUUGAAUACUGUUGAAUCUAUAGAAAGUUUUGUAUCAGAUAUUAUAAAUGGUCAUUGGGAUAUUGUAUUACAAACUGUACAAUAUUUAAAAUUACCUGAACAAAAAUUAAUGGAUUUAUAUGAACAGAUUAUCAUUGAAUUAAUAGAACUUCGUGAUAUUGGUGCAGCUAGAUCAAUACUUCGACAAACUGAACCAAUGAUUACUAUGAAACGUACACAAUCUGAUCGUUAUACUCAUAUAGAUAAUCUUUUGAAUCGAUCAUAUUUUGAUCCAAGAGAGGCUUAUUUAGAUGGUCAAUCAAAAGAGAAACGUCGUCAAACAUUGGCUAGUUCAUUAUCAGAAGAAGUGAGUGUUGUAGCUCCAUCACGUUUAUUGGCAUUACUUAGCCAAGCGCUUAAAUGGCAACAACAUCAAGGAUUAUUACCACCUGGUACAGCAAUUGAUGUAUUUCGUGGUAAAGCUGCAGUACGUGAACAAGAAGAAGAAAAACCACCUACUAAAUUGUCUACUGUUAUACGAGUAGUUCAAAAGUGUCAUGUCGAAUGUGCCAGGUUUAGUCCAGAUGGUCAAUUUUUAGUGACUGGCUCAGUUGAUGGCUUUAUUGAAGUAUGGAAUUUUACAACUGGGAAGUUAAGAAAAGAUCUAAAAUAUCAAGCUCAGGAUACAUUUAUGAUGAUGGAAGAUAGUGUUCUAUGUUUAACAUUUAGUCGUGACUCUGAAAUGUUAGCAUCUGGUGCUAAAGAUGGAACAAUCAAAAUUUGGCGUAUUCAAAACGGUCAAUGUUUGAAACGUCUAGAAAAAGCACAUCAUAAAGGUGUUACAGCUAUACAAUUCUCUAAAGAUAAUACACACUUAUUAUCGGCUAGUCUAGAUCAUAGCAUUCGAAUACAUGGAAUGAAAUCAUGUAAAAUUAUUAAAGAGUUUACUGGUCAUACAGGUGUUGUCAAUUCUGUAGCAUUUUUACCUGAUGGACAUAAUAUAAUAAGUGGAAGUGCUGAUGGUUCUGUACGAAUAUGGUCAAUUCGUUCAGGAGAAUGUACAAAUACAUUUAAGGCAAUAUCUGGUUUAGUUGGUCAUGAAGUAUCAAUUCAUUCAGUUCAUUUAAUGCCUCGUAAUACAGAUCAAUUUGUUGUAGCUAGUCGUUCUAAUACAGUUGCUAUAAUGAAUAUGCAAGGACAGAUUGUUCGAAGUUUUUCUAGUGGUAAACGAGAAGGUGGUGAUUUUCUGGAUUGUACACUUAGUGGUAGAGGUGAAUGGAUAUAUUGUGUAGCUGAAGAUCAUUUGUUAUAUUGUUUCAAUGUUGCUGCUGGUGGUAAAUUAGAGCGAACAAUGCGAGUUCAUGAAAAGGAAGUGAUAGGUUGUGCACAUCACCCUCAUCAAAACCUUAUUGCUACUUAUUCAGAAGAUGGUUUAGUAAAACUGUGGAAACCUUGA